AUGAAGAUAAAUCAUUUCCUAAAUCUUCACAUCAAUUUUUGCACUUGUCGUUUUCUAAUCACAUGGUUUUUAUUGACCUUUUCUGCGUGGUUAGUUUGCUGCAAAUGUUCUCAUCUGAUUUUUCUUUUGAUUUGCAGUUUAAUCUACGCAAUCGUCGUCUUCGGAUCUUUAGUAAAUCGAGUAAGGAAUCCUUUAAAAAAUCAAAAAAAUAUCAAUUUUUCUCCAGAAAAUUCUGCCAACCAACAAUGUGCCAAAAACAAUUCCAUAUAUAACAGUUCCAUCUGAAUAUGAUGUAUUUUUAGAGUUUUUUGGAAGUUCAUCUCUAAUUAAUAAGGUUUUCCUCAUUUUCAUUAAACAUCUGAAAUAUUCAUUAAAUUCCAGACAUAUACUGGUAGUUUACAAAUGACAUUUGAAGCGAAAGAUUUGACGCAAAGAUUAUUUUUUCAUCGUGGACCUGAUAUCAGAAUACUCAAUGUGGGUUUUUUUUUCCGAAAAAUGUCAUUAUAUAUUUGGAAGUUUCUUGCAGAUAACAUUAGAAGAUUCAAAUGGAACAAAAAGCACACCAAGCGCAGGAGCUUAUGACAAAAAUGUAAGUUUUUUUCCAUUUUUUUUAGUUUGAAAAAAUAUUGAUUUCAGACAGAUGUUCAAGCUUAUAUACCAAUUUCAAAUUUGACAAAAGAAACAACCUAUAAAUUGGAAAUAGGAUUUGAAGGUACAAUUGGGGAAAAUCCAAAUGGUCCGCUUGAUUUGCCAUAUACUUCUGAAAAUAAUGAAAAUAAACAUUCUAUGGUGUUUGGACAUUCGACAACUGCAUCAUCGGGUCUACGAUUUUUAAUGCCUUGUUUAGAUUCUCAAGAUUUCCCAGCUCUUUUUAACUUCAAUAUUAGACAUCCUCCAGAUUUCCGAGUUAUCUCAAAUUUUGUUGGAAAUGUUCAACAAUCACCAUUAUAUACUACCACAAUAUUUAAUGCAACAUUCCAAACGUUCUCUUCAUCAAUUGUAUUAGCGUUGAUUGAUAUGAACUUGACAUCACAAUCAAUCAAACAGGAAGAUAUAAUGGUUUGUAUACAUAUUUGUCACAAUAAAAAAGUUUCAUUCAUUCCAUGUUUAGAUAAACAAAUAUUUCCGUAAAAAUGUCAUCAACACUGUGUCGACUGAUAGAGUUUUACAAUUUAUGGCUUCGAAAACCAGCAACAUUGGAAAAUUAGGUCAAGAUAGUUUUAUUUUUGAAACAAUUAAAUGUUUAUAUCUUUGCAGAUGUGUUGUGUUUACCCCAACUUUCUACCAUAAAUCAAGCCGGCAUUUCUUUUCUCAAUGAAGAAGAUGUUCAACGAGAAAAUUUCGAUUUAGGGAUCAACAAUUUCAAAAACUGA